AUGUCGCAAGGCGAAAACAGUGCUGGCUUUACGGCAAAGCUGACAUCACUUAUGUCAUCCGGAUUCUCAAAGCGAGCGAACACCAAGGUGCGAAUCGAGACGAACGCUGUUAAAACUUAUACACUGGACAACUCAGAAGCCUGGUUCAGGGAGGCUACAAACUUUGACGAUACUAGAAGAUGGAUAGAGCGUUCUCUUAGUGGGGAUGGAAUCUAUCUCGUCAUUGGCUUUCACACUGUGACGGGCGCUCGCAUUGUGCACGAGUCGGUCGAAGGACACCAACUCGCCGGUGAGGCAACUCUACCUGUUGGCCUUUCGCUCGCGGCCGUCGGAGCUAUCGCACCGCUUGGUGGUAUCUUCGACCCUACUGUGGCUGGACACCAGAAGGUUUUGGAUGGAUCGAAGACCCAGUUUGUCGCGCCUGGAGAGCAGAUUUGUGUCUUGCAAUAUUGCAAAAUCUCUUGUCGUUGGCUGCAUAGUAAAAAUAUUGACAACCUCAAGCUGUCCGAAGUGCCGCGGUGGACAGCCAAAGAGAGUUGGCGGAAGGCGAGCGUUGAUGAGACAAAAGAUGAACCCGAUAUUCUAGAGGUAGAAACUGAGGAAUUGGAGCAGCUUGAGGGAGACUGGGAGAAAGCAGAAGAAGAGAAUGGAGGCCAAGUUUUACUGAUGCAAUGUGUUGAAGAAGGCGAUGACUUUUGA